AUGGAAGAUUCACCGGUUAAUGCGGCACAUGCUUUUGCAAAUGCAGCAGAAGAAUUAAAAGAAAAGGAACAAUGGGGACAAGCGAUGCAAGCUCAUUUCCGUGCCGCUGAACAAUUUGCCUUGGCGAUAAAUUAUACGUCUGAUCCAGAGGCAAUUCGAUCAUUAAAAAUUCAAUACACUGAUCAAACUCGGCAAGGGAAGGAAGUACAACGUCGAUUGGCUAAACAAGCGCCACCGCAAGAAAAAUCAAGUCCCUCAUCAUCAAAUCGUACUAGGAGGCCAUCUUCAUCCACGAGUUCAAAGUCCAGUGUUAAUAAUCCACAGGUGAAAAAUAAAUCUGAACAACGGAAUCAACAAAAUCAACCUACGCUAUCUACUCAGCCAGCAGUUAACUCGGGUAUACUUCAGAUAAACUCCAGUUCAGAUGAUAGGUUAUCAUCCGAUUUCUUAAAACCUA